UUCGCCCGCUAUAAUUAAUUAGCACAAAACAAGAUGAGCAAGCCAGCGAACAACCCUACCAUCUCAGCACCGACAACGCCAGCCAGGGCCAAUGAGAAUGGCACCAAAACCAAAAACUGCAACAGAAUGCCACCACCCUCUUCCCCCCGGUACACGUACAAGCCAGCGAUCCCGUGGGCCUACGCGUCUUUGCCCCCCUCCCAGCUGACCACGUACCUCGACGACAAGAAGAAGCCGGCCAAGAAGGCGCACCUCGCCGUCCGCAUCGUCCAAUCCCACUUCCUCCUCAAGCUCCCCGCCAUCCUGGCCGUCACCCUCGCGCUCGCUUACCUCCAGGCGGCGAUACGAAACGGCCACGGCAACGACGGCAACGACGGCAACGCCGCCGCGCCCACGGCGUUCCUGCGCAACCUGCUGCACGGCCUCUGGGUCGCCUUCGCCUUCCAGGCCGCCGUCGCCGCGCCCUCGGCCCUCCUCCGCUCCGAGCUGCUCUUCGAUCUGUCCGGGGCCGCCUGCUUCGUGACCGUCGUGGCGGGCGCGCUGGGCAGCACGGCCUCGGCGAACAGGGCGGGUGCGGGUGCGGGUGCGGCCGCGGGAGACUGGGCGGCGGCCGCGGUCGAGGGGGCCAGGGCGAUCGGGCGGGCCGUGGAGUCGUGCGACGGCCGGGUGUGGGAGGAGAUCGGGGUGGAUUGGAGGCAGGGGUGGGUUAGUGCUCUGGUGUGCGUCUGGGCGGUGAGACGGGGCAUCUUCACCUUUGUCCGAGCGCUCUGCCGCAACGGUGACUCGCGGUUCGACGAGUUCCGCGCCAAUCGUAAAAAGUUCUUCGCCGCUUUCAUGAUGCAGAGCGUCUGGGUGACGUUUUGCGCCAUCCCCGUCGUUGCACUGAAUUCAAUUCCGGCUCAAGGUUUCAUCGGCACUAGCUGGCAGGCCUCCGACCCGAUCCUGUCAGCACUCACCAGUUCGGGCGGCAUGCUUUGGUUCUGGCUCGGCGUGUGGGCCUUCUUCAGGGGCUUGAUGAUCGAGUGCGUGGCCGACUGGCAGCUGACCAAAUGGCGCCUGGACAAGUAUCGGAAGAGACAUGACGAGGUCUUCUGCCGCAGGGGGCUCUGGGAACGGAGCCGCCAUCCCAACUACUAUGGCGAGUGGCUGUUGUGGUCCGGAAUCUCCAUGUGCUGCUCUGCUGUCCUCCUGUCGUCUGCUGCGCGGAACACGACCGGACUUGGUCUCGGUACCGCGUCGGUGCUCUGCGCCGUCACCCCGUACUUCGUGUACAAGACGUUGCGCAACAUCAGCAUCCCAUUGAUCGAGGAGAAGUAUGACAAGAUGUACAUGGAACGCAAGGACUACCGCGAUUGGAGGAGGAACAGAACAUUCCGUCUCUGGCUGGACGGUUCGGGGAUUAUCUGGGGUUACUUUUGA